AGAGAGAGAAAGAGAAAGAGAUGGAAGAGGGAAGUGGGCAGAGAAAAGAAGAGCUUUUCCAUGUUAUUCACAAAGUUCCUCAGGGUGACACUCCCUAUGUUAAAGCAAAACAUGCCCAGCUCGUACAAAAGGAUCCAGAAGCAGCAAUAGUAUGGUUCUGGAAGGCAAUAAACGCAGGGGAUAGAGUGGACAGUGCCUUAAAAGACAUGGCAGUUGUGAUGAAGCAACUCGACAGAACUGAAGAAGCCAUUGAAGCUAUCAAGUCCUUCAGGGGUCGUUGCUCAAAGAAAGCGCAAGAUUCUCUCGACAAUGUUCUCAUCGAUUUAUACAAGGGAUCUACUUCAGUUUAUCCCUAUGUGAAGAUCUCUCAUGUGACGCGGGAAGACGAUAGGGCUGGUGCCACCAUGGGUUACCUUCACGAAGGCCACUUGUCGCUCGUUGAAGAAGCCCACAAGCACGCCGAGGUCAUUGUCGUCUCCGUAUAUGUGAACCCAGGUCCUUUUUCUCCCUCCGAGGACCUUUCCACAUACCCAUCUGAUUUUCACGGUGAUAUACUCAAUCUCAAGUCUGCUCCUGGGGGUGUUGACGCUGUUUUUGCUCCCAAGAAUCUUUAUGACUAUAGGGAAAAUAAGAAGAGUGAGAUUAUGUUAAUAUGGAAAAUAAGAAUUCUUACAAGAAAGGGGUGGUUCCAUGUGUGGAGGAGAGGUGAAUGGGGCACGAAACAAGGGUUGGAGUUGAGAGAUUGGAGAGAGGAUAUAUUGUGUGGGAAAAAUAGGCCUGUGUUCUUUAGAGGGGUUGCCACUAUUGUCACCAAGUUGUUCAAUAUUGUGGAGCCUGAUGUUGCUGUAUUUGGGAAGAAGGAUUACCACCAGUGGCGGAUUAUUCAACGAAUGGUUAGAGAUCCAGAUUUUGGCACAGAAAUUGUGGGGUCUGAUAUUGUGCGCGAUAGUGAUGGUCUUGCAUUGAGUUCGCGAAAUGUCCAUCUUUCCCCAGAAGAAAGGGAAAAGGCAUUAUCUAUAAACAGGUCAUUGUUGAGAGCUAAAUCUGAUGCAAAAAUAGGUCUUGUUAAUUGUAAAGAAUUGACAGAUGCAGUCAUUGUGAAGCAGGGGAGCUUGGAGGCAGUGGAAGGGAUCAAGAACCCUGUUGUGUUCUGCAUUGCUGCAUGGUUUGGAAAGGUUAGGCUGAUUGAUAACAUAGAAAUCAGCAUAUGAAACAAUGCCUCCAUUGAUUUACAUUUCAUGCCCAAAGGGGAACUAACUGUUUUUCUGAGCUUCAUACUUCCUUGGCAACUCUUUCUUUAUUUUCCCUUUCUUUUAUUGGACAAAGGCAUGCAUAUGACACAGGAAACACACUGUGAGGUCCAAUGCUAACCAUGCAAAUUCUUUUUGUGAGAGGAUUGACUUAAAGUUUGCACAAGGACUGGGAUGCAUGAAAGUAACUGAAUAAAUUCAACCAUUUAUG